GGAAUUCAUUCGAAAUCACGUCGUGGAAUUUGUAGUGAAUGACGAAAAUGACUGUCGACAUGUACUUGCUAGCGUGGCCGAUGCCGCUUUUCGAUUUGAAGCUAACGGAACUCUAGAUCUGGCAUUCGUGAAAAAUCAGAAACGUAGGGCAGAGCGUCCGUUGUCAUUUGGUGAUGUAAUCGAGUGGGAUGACGUAGAUAUGAAGAGCAACAGAGUGAUUUUCAAGUUCCGAAGAAUGCCUGCUUUGUUCGAGCCUCGUGUAAACGAGCAGAAAUUUCAGAUACUCGUGACCGGUGUGGUUUCGCCAGUGGAUAAGUUCCACUUUUGGUCUGAAUAUUUCUCACAUGUUCGACUUGGUAUGAAGGUAGCUGAAGAAGUUCUACCUAACGUUACGGUAGCGGCUUGGUUGAAUUUGUGCAUUAGUGAGGAUGGCAGAUUCUGUGUUGAAUUCGAUUCAUUCGAAAAAGUUGAACAUGAAGGAAGUAUCGUUGCUGCAGCGGUAGUGGACCUUGGAAUCGGGAACAUUCAAGAAAAAGAAACAAAAAAAAAAAAAAAAAAAAAAAAAUAUACCACGUUGACUUUGCGCAAUUGCACGAACGACGGCUGGAAGACACAAAUUCUAUUACCUGAAUUCUUUCUCGGACGUAGCGCACUGCGCAACAGGGAGGUGUUCAAUUACGAAGGAAUCUGCACCGGAAAGAGGUUGAUAUUCUGUAAGGAAUUGCCCUCGUAUGAAAUUGUUGUUGCUUUGAUCAAAAAUCCAAAAGAGAGCACACCUCUUGGAAUAGGAGUUAGUUGUGAAUUCAGUGCAGUCUGGAGUGAAUAUGAGAAAAGAUACAUUGUGACAAAGUACAGAACGAAAGGAAUACCGAGUCGAUUGGGCUCUAAUGGAUUGCUGAGGACAUCUGUCAAGGCUGUGGAGAAUUAUCCUGGGCUUUUCAAAAGCGAUCAGUUUGGAUACGCAGAUGACCCUCGUGGUGCUCUCGCUUUGCUACAUCUGUCAGCUUACAAGCGCAGCUCUGUAGUGGUAACACUGGAGGACAAACCCUCCCAACAGUCAGAUAUACGGUUUCGCAUUGUGGACGUACAGCCGGACAAAGCACCCAAGUUAGAGAAAUGGAUGGAAGAAAGCGAGGUAACUCAGUUGGAUUUUUUUUUGAUAUUUCACUCUUCUCGGGAACGGCAGUAA